AUGAAUCAAAGCAAGGUUGAGUUUGAGCCUUUUGAAUAUUCCUACUACGAUUACUCCGACUGGUACAACGCAGAGCCCACAACACCGCCCAAAGAAGUUAUUUUACCAUGCGACCCUACAGCAGACGACAAACUCUUCCACAUAUGCAUCCUGUCGAUAUCUCUGGUGAUCAUGCUGAUCCUGGCAGUUCUCACCAGGAAAAACAAGCUCUGUCAGGGAUUCACUAGAGGAUCCUCCAGCAUCUUCAGUCCUGCAAACUUUCUGGACCAGACUCAGAAAAAAGGGCUCGUCAUGGCUGUGUUUGGACUCGUGUUCAGCAAGCUGGCGAUGCUGGUGAUCAGUCCGGACCCUCUGCCGUUCUGCAAAGACACUCCGGCAGAGAUUAAAGAGUACAUGAAGAUCAUCUCCAUCUUCUACUACCCGGUGCUGUAUUUCCCUCUGUUGGUUUGCGGCACUCUGCAGCACAAAGCAGGUUACGUGUUUGGGACGAUUCUCUCCUUCAGUCACUUCGGGGUUCUUCUUUGGCAGAAGUUCGACUGUCCAAAGACUCCAGAGAUCUAUAAGUUCUACGCCCUGCUGGCCAGUCUGCCUCAGCUGUGCUGCCUGGCUUAUCUCUGUGUGCAGUUUCCUUUGCUGUUCGUCAAAGGACCAAAGACUGACGAGGACCUGGACAGCAGCUACUACACCAACUAUGUGAAGGCGCUUCUCAAGAAAAAGUCCUCGGCCUCCAGUUCUUCAGCUACAGACAAACCGACGCUGCUACAGAGAAUACUGGAGGUGCCCAAGAGUUAUAUCUACGUACCUGAGAAAGUGUUCCGUUUUCCUCUGAAGCUGGCCGUGUCUCUGUUUGUCACCUGUGUGGCCAUUUAUCAUACGGCCCUGCUGCUGGUCGUCCUGGUGGUUCCUACUCUCCACAUAGUCCGAGCCGGUAUCGAUGAGAACAUCGCCUUCCUCCUGUUGGGCUUUGGAAUCGUCCUAUCAGACGACAGGAUGGAGGUGGUCAGGAUCGUCACGUUCUACACGUGGCUGCUGGAAGUGUGCUACCUCUGUGCGAUGACGCUGUCCUGUCUGGUCAGCCUGAUUAUGCUCACGAGGUCCAUGGUCCUCCACAGAUCCAACCUGAAGGGACUGUACAAGGGAGACAUUUACAACGUCUGUAACAGCCAGAAGACGGUCCGUCCGUCCAGAGCCGGAGUGGUCUGCUGGAUGGGCCUGACGGGGUACCAGGCCGCUGUCGUCUGCCUCGGAAUGGCCAUUCAGACCGUCGUGUUUUUCAUCUGCUUCCUGUUUCUGGUGUUUCUCAUCAUCGUUCCCAUUUUUUACGGCCGGAACCUCAUCGUGUUUGAACUUGGAGGAAAGGCCUGGCCGGCCUGGGUCACUCUGAUCCUGGUCACGGCGCUGCAGCACGUCACCGCUAAGUUCGCCUUCAUCAAGAAGGAAGCUGGAACAAGAGACCUGAACAACAGAGAGUCCCUGUUCCUGCUGACCUACCUGCUCUUCCUGAUCAACACUGUGGUGGGACUGAUCGUGGCGAUAUGGAGGAUGGUGAUAACGGCUUUGUUCAACAUCAUCCAUCUGGGCCGCAUCGACAUCAGUCUGCUGCAUCGCACCGCAGAGUCCUACGACCCAGCCUACGAAUACUACACCAACUUCCUGAAGGUGGAGGUCAGUCAGUCCCACCCGGUGAUGAAGGCUUUCUGCGGGGUGCUGCUGGACAUGAUGGUCGAAGGUGGACGAGCUGGACAGAAGAUACGAGACGCAGAAGAAGGGAUUCAGGAGAACAGGCCCAGCAAGGCCACCAGCAGCCGCCGCAUUCGCUCUCGCUGGCAGCUGCUGUACACGCUGGUCAACAACCCGUCGCUGCUGGGCUCCAGGAAGCACUUCCAGACGCUGCAGAGCUCAGAGAGCGUCCUGAACGGAACCCCCAACCGGAGCUCCAAGAAAGGCAGCAAGAAGGAGGCCGACAAGCCGGCUGCAGAACCGGCCGCUCAGGAGGCCCCAGCGAGCCCGGACAAAACGGAAUGA